CCUCUCUCUCUCUCUUCCUCCCUCCCAGUUAUUCAGGAGGCAGGAAAGGGGAGAUGCAAGGGCGGAGCUUUCCUCCUGGUCCGCCUGGGUCCGCUCCUGGUCCGCUUGGGCUUGCUUGCUCGCUCCCUUGGCAAAGGCAAAGGCAAAGGCUGGGGACUGGAAGCUCAAGCGGAGGGGACCCGAUCCACCUCUUUCUCCCUCCUUCCCUCCUUCCCUUCUUUCCUUCCUUCCUUCCUUUCCUGCCCCCCGCUGGGUCCGUCCUCUGCCGCCGCCUCCUCAUCUCCUUCUUCUCCUUCUCCCCCCCCCCUGCCCCCCAAGAUGCCCCCUCCGGCCCCCGUCACCUCCUCCUCUUCCUCCUGCUGCUAUAAAACCCUCGUGGGCGCGGGGCUGGGGCAGAGGGAGCCGCGGUGACUGACCACUCCUCCCAGGACCGCUCCCGACGCCAGCGCCGCCGAGAUGACCCUCCUGCUGCUCCUGAUGCGGCUGCAGGGCACGGCCAGGGCGCACAGGGCACCUCCUCCUCCUCCUCCUCUUCCUCCUCUUCCUCUUCCUCUGCUGCUGCUGUUCUGCUUGCCCUGCCUGUCCUUCGCCAGAGCCCCCAAGACCCUCCUGCCCAUCCAGCCCGAGUCGACGGACCCGCUGCUCAAUGCCAGAGGCGCGCCAGGCUGCUCUUUUGGAGGCAGGCUCUACGCCUUGGAGGACACCUGGCACCCUGAUUUGGGGGAGCCCUUUGGCAUCAUGCACUGUGUGGUGUGUUCCUGCGAACCACACAAGAACCGUCAUGGGAAGCCGCUGGGCAAAGUCAGCUGCAAGAACAUCAAGCGUGACUGUCCCACCCCGCCUUGCAGUGACGCCAUCCUCUUGCAAGGACACUGUUGCAAAACCUGCCCCAAGGCCAGCUUUCCAGAGAAGAGACCUCAGCUGAUGUACAACACAGAGCAUUUCCAGGGGAAAGAAGAAGGCUUGCAUAGGAACUACAAUGACCGUGCUUAUCUCAGCAGUGAGGACUUCAUCCGAGAUGACAGCCACAUAGAAUUUGUUGCCUUGCUCACCAGUGGCUUUGAGCCGCGGAUGCCUGCAACCAGCGCUGUAGCCAAAGCCAGGCUCACUCUUCUCCGUUCCCAUCUGCUGUUCUCCAUCAACUAUGAAAGGCUGGAUCAGCCAAGCCGGGUCCGUUUCACAUCUCCCAAUGGAAGUGUCCUCUUUGAGCACCCUGUGCAGAAGGGCAUCUCUCUUCAGGACGGCAUGAUCUGUGGUAUGUGGCGGAACCUGCAAAAGUCCUCCAUCUGGAUGUUGAAAGUGGACCAACUGCAUGUAUCCCUUGUCACCAGGUCUCAUCCAACAGGCGAAAUCCGAGGAAAAAUCAUCAAACACCGGGCUCUCUUUGCAGAAACAUUCAGCGCUAUCUUGACCUCUGUUGAUCCAACCCACCUCGGCAUGGGGGGCAUCGCUAUGCUUACUUUGAGUGAUACAGAGAACAAUCUACAUUUUGUCCUGGUAACCAGGGGCCUUCUGGAUUCUGGAACAGACAGAGGAUCCCCCCAGAUCCCCUUGAGAGUCCAGGUUCUUCAUGAAGACACAGUCCUGAGAGUGGUCAUGGCCAAUGUCACUUCACAGGACCCUGACUUUGCAGAAGUGCUGACGGGAUUGACCAACCAAGAGAUGCUGUGGCUGGCGCAAGGCCAACUGAGGAUAAUGGCAGACGUGGAGGGCAGAUUUGGGCACCAGAUUGCGGGACACAUCACUAUCAAGAGAAGCUGUGACACCAUACAGAGUGUCCUGUGUGGGGGAGAUGCCCUGAUUCCCACCCGGACCGGGGCCGUGGGUUCUGCCAAGUUCAAGCUGCAUGCCAAUGGUACUUUGGAGUAUCAGGUCCAGGUGGCAGGAACAGGGAGCGAGGUGCUUGGUGUGACCCUGGAGACCAAACCUCGCAGACGAAAUAAACACAAUAUCCUAUAUGACAUGACACACAGCUAUAGAGAUGGAGUUGCCAGCGGAGCCUGGAGGCAAGUGAGCGGCCGGGAUGCCCACAUGCUGCUCCAGAAUGAGCUCUUCCUAAAUGUGGCCACCGAGGAGUUUGAAGAUGGGGAGUUGCGGGGGCAGAUCAACUCUUUGUUGUACAACGGACUCUUGGCACGACACCAAGAAGUGCCCAUCCCCUUAGCUGGCCAGUUUGUGUCCCCUCCUGUAAGCACUGGGUCUGCUGGGCAUGCCUGGGUGUCUUUGGAUGACCACUGCCACUUACACUAUGAGAUCGUGGUGGCCGGCCUCGGCAGGGCAGAUGAUGGCACCGUCAGCGCUCACCUGCACGGAUUUGCUGAACUGGGCGAACUCCGGGAGAGCAGCCUCCGGGAGCACCGGCGUCUGCUUAGGGGCUUCUAUGGCACCGAGGCCCAAGGGGUUGUGAAAGACCUUGACCGGGAGCUGCUCCGUCACCUGGACCAAGGCACAGCCUUCCUUCAAGUCAGCACCAAAGCGAACCCUCGAGGAGAGAUGCGGGGAAAGGUGCACAUUCCUAACCACUGUGAAGCAGGAGGCAUCCGGCUAUCCCCCAACAGCCCCCAAGAGGAGGUCUUGGAGGAUCUGAACCCAAAGGAGCCUGAAGAGCUGAAGAAAGACCCCAACUCCUGCUUCUUUGAGGGACAGCACCGACCGCAUGGCUCCCGCUGGGCUCCAAACUACGACAAGAAAUGCUCCAUAUGUAGCUGCCAAAAGCGCACUGUGAUCUGUGACCCUGUCCUGUGCCAGCCCCUCAAUUGCACCCAGCAAGUGCAACCAAGGGACCAGUGUUGUCCGGUCUGCGAUGAAGAGAAGAAGGAAGAAGGACAGGGAGCUGAGAAAGCCCAAGACAACAGUGGAGGUUGUUACUUUGAAGGUGACAAGACAUGGCGAGAAGCUGGAACGCAUUGGCACCCUGUUGUCCCCCCCUUCGGUCUCAUAAAAUGUGCUGUUUGUACUUGCAAGGGAGCCACAGGGGAAGUGCACUGUGAGAAGGUCCAGUGUCCGGCCCUGAACUGCAGGAAUCCUAUCCGUGCCAAGCCAUCCGACUGCUGCAAGCAAUGCCCAGCCUCAGAGAAGAGCCUCUCAUCCCUUUCGGACAUGAUGCAAGCAGACGGGCCCCGAGCCUGCAAGUUUGGGCGGCAGUGGUACAUGCACAAUGACAGUUGGCACCCCACAGUACCCCCCUUCGGAGAGAUGAAAUGCAUCACUUGCUGGUGUCUGUCUGGUGAGACACACUGUCGGCGCCAGGAAUGCUCUCAUGCAUCUUGCUCCAAAGAGGAGAAAAAGGAGGACAGCUGCUGCUCCCACUGUCAAGCACCAGAAGACCUUCCAGAAGACACCCAAGAGAAGCCUCGAGAGCAGCCCAAGGGUUCCUGGGUCCACUAGCAGGCCAGCUGGAGCUUGCAAGCCUGGAUGUUGCAAAGAGACUGCUGACGAAGAUCAAAGCAAAGCAGUUUACAGCUGGAGGGGCUCUGUGGGGACUCCCGUAACCUAUCCAUGUUUUGUUGACUUUUAAAAGACAACUGGGGCACCCAUUGCCCUCACCUUUAGAGUGCUCAGUGGCCUUUUUCUCCUCAGGAAGCCAAGCCAUCUUCAAUCUAUAUUUUUGUAGCUUUUGUCAAAGGAGACAGAGGUGCAGGCACCAUGGGGCACUGGGACAACCACAGGUUGGUAUAUAAAGCUAAGCUAUAGGAUGAGGCAUGCACAGUACGCAAUGGGGAUACCAGGCAAAGCAAUACAGUUCUUGGAGGGCAAGGUUGAACCUUGGACACUGCUUAUCCCAUUGAGAGGAAGGAGCGCUUGCAUAGUUCUGUGAACUCAGAUGUCAGGCUUACAUGUCUUUGGCCUCUUGAAAGGAGGACCAUGUGAUGUGGCCUAUACGGCCCACAGACCCAAAUGGUAAGCACCUUCCCCCCAAGACUGGCUUGUAAUAUAGUGUAAAAUUAUCUUUCUUCGUUGCGUUUCUUUGCAGGAUUUUUUUUUUUAAAAAAACGAAAACUGCUGAGGAGGGCCAUUUAUUGUUCCAAUUGGUUGUGUAAUUUAUGAUUCCCAAGAGCAAGGUCCUCUUCCCUGUUCACCUGAAAGCUUAAGGAUUGAUAUUGGAGAUUAUGUAUUUAUUAAAAGAAAGAAAAAUGAAGACAA